GUAACUGUGGUUUCGUUAAUGGGGAAAUUGUAAAUAAAUAAACAUGGCUAGUUUAAAAUUAAAUAAUAAUUUAAAAUUUUUAUAUUUGCUGAAACCCAUUAGAUUUCAGGUGCAUGUUAAUAGAAAAGCUAGUGCUGAAGCUGCAGAAGAGGAAUUCAGAGUUCUGGAACUAUAUCCUGCUAAGAAAACAGCUCAAAGAAGAGAUGGACCACGUUUUCAGGAUGCACAGCUUCUUCCACCAAGAGAGAAACGAAUGCCAAUUGACCAGGACUGGCCUAGUGUAUGGCCUACAGCAAAAACUUUUAGACCUUCUGUAGUACCUUUACCACUUUAUCAAGGAUAUGAUGAAAAACGAGCACCUCCAGGAAAAUAUGCUAAUGCAGAAUUGAUGAAAAUACCAAAUUUUCUUCAUUUAACUCCUCCUGCUAUUAAAAGACAUUGUGCAGCAAUUAAAAAAUUUUGUACUCCAUGGCCAAAAGGUUUAGAAACUGAAGAAGAUUGCAGGAAACAUUUUCCUGUUAAGAUUAUUGAAAGUGAUUAUUUACACUCCAGUCCUAUUAUUCAUGAUGAACGUUCAAGAAUUGUGACACUUGAAGUCAAAUUAAAUGAUCUGAAAUUAGAUUAUCAUGGCAGAGACAAAAUUUUGAGGUUGCUUGGUAAUGCCAAAUAUGAUAAAAAUACUGACACUAUUAUAUUGGUUGCUGAUAGAUGUCCAACACGGAAACAAAAUUAUGAUUAUUUAAUUUAUCUUUUAACUGCUUUACAUAAUGAAUCAUGGGUUACUGAACCAUGGGAGCAUGAAAAAACUGAAGCUGACAUGGAAAAAUUCUUCUUUGAAGGAAGCAGGAUUCAAAAUAAAAUAACAAGAACAAUUAGUCGUUUUACAAAAAAUAAGCUAUCCGAAGAAGAAGUAAAACAAUCAAAAGAAGUUGAAUCUUUUGGAGAUGCUGUUAGUGAUCUUAUUAAUGAAGGAGAAAAUCAAUAUACAAUGCAAAAAUAUAAAGAAGCAGCUUUAAAGGCACUUAAUCUGUCAUAGUGAUAACAUAUUUUGUAAUAGUUUUAAACAUUGUAAAUAAAUAUUAUGAAUUUUUGAGAAA